AUGGAGAUCAGCCCGCCAGUCGGAUGGACUUUUUUCCCGAUUUUGCCAAGUGGAGCCACGGCUCCAACACAAAAUCCAUGGUUUUUCAUUGGUCAAUCAAACGAUACAACUCAAGCAAAGCAACGAGCCACAAAUGAGAUCGAAGCUGCGAUGCUAGAAUCGUUGAUGGAAUCACAAGUUCCUCUCCCGGGCAUCGUUGUCAACAACGAUUGGACGCCGAUUCAGGUAGAGAAUCCAGACGGGAAAACGACAGGCACUGGGCCAUUGUAUGGAAAAGUUGAGGGUGGAGCGCUCACACAAACUGCACCUGGAGCCACGACUUUGAUCUAUACGGUGUACCACCAUCAAUUGACGGUGACGGUGAUGAAUCUAAAAGCGACUCGUUUUACAUUGAACAUCGUCAAAAAUGAUUUCAUCCAACGCUUAACCACCAGAUACAAUGUGAAAUUUGUCGGAAGUGUUGUCAUUAAU